AUGGACAAGGACAACGCAAACCCCGCCAUCCUCAACCCCAGCGACCUGCCCUCCCGCCGCGGCGCCUCCCAGACCCAAUCCUCUGCCCGCGCCGGCCUCUUCGACGGCCUCAUCNCUNCCUACCCCCACUACGACAACCUAACCUCUGGCUCCUCCUUCCCCGCGCCCAUCCCCUCAAACUCUUCCGACGACAUCUCAGACGAUGACGACGACAUGCGCGAAGAAAUCGAUGAGCAGGAAAUCUUCGACUUGAUCAGCACAAUCUCCGAUCCAGAACAUCCUCUAUCGCUGGGUUCGUUGGCUGUGGUCUCGUUGCCUGAUAUCUUUAUCUUGCCGCCUGCGAGCCCCACGUCAAAGAUUUCGACUGUGAAGGUGUUGGUUACGCCUACUAUUACUCAUUGCUCGUUGGCUACUGUUAUCGGGCUGGGUGUGCGUGUGAGAUUGGAGCAGUCGCUACCUCCGAGGUUCAGAGUUGAUGUGAGGAUCAAGGAGGGUACCCAUGCCAGCGACGAAGCCACAAACAAGCAAUUGGGCGACAAGGAGCGUGUUGCUGCUGCCAUGGAGAACGGCACUCUGGUUGGCGUCAUAAAGAAAAUGUUGAGCACUUGCGAGUAG